AUGGCCGACGACAGAUUAUCCCAACUGCCAAUACCUAUACUUCACCACAUUCUCUGUUUCCUCUCCCAGAAAGAAGCUGUCCGAACAUGUUUACUCGCCAAACAAUGGCGCCACAUAGGAUCAACCCGCCCCAACCUCGACUUCUUCGAAGAAUGGUUCGGCAACGCACAAGAAAAGUUUGUCUCGGUCGUCGACCGAACCCUACAAGGAUACCGUGAUCAAAACCUCUCCGUACACAAACUCCAUCUCGACUUAUCAAGGCCCGAACCAGUCGUCUCCCUUCUCAACAAAUGGAUCCCGAUAUUAGCCCUCAACAUAAAAGUGUUCAAACUCAUCUUUCUUUCAUAUACUCCGGCGUAUUACAAACUGCCCUCGGCAGUCUUCUUAGCCGAGUCCCUCGAAGAACUACACCUACACCAAUGCAAGGUGAGCCGGGUCGAGAGCGUGCGGUUCAAACGUCUGCGCACGCUUACCCUCAAAGAGGUCUCAGUUGAUGAUGGGACUUUCGAGAAGAUAACGUCAGGCUGCCCUUUGCUCAGGCGCCUGGUCCUUUAUUGUUGUCACCGGUUGAGAAACGUUAGGCUGACAUCUCCUGGACUCGAGCACUUUGAAUUGCGUGAUUACAAAAGGAUCAAACCGUGUAGCAUCGAAAUCUAUGUCCCGAAUAUUGAGACGGUGUCCAUAAGGGGCCCGUGUAUAUGGUGUCACCGCCAAAGUGCAUUCUUGUUCUCUCGUCUCACGAGUUUGGAUCUCAAUAGUGUGAUCCUGUCGAGAGAGUCGUUCGACCUGUUAUCGUUCGGCUGCCCGACUCUUGAGAGGUUGACCGUAAGUAAUUGCUCCGGUUUUGAGGAAUUCCAUCUUGCAAGUGAUUCGGUCAAGUGGUUGACCAUCUCGACAAGCAAAAUAUUGCUUAAAGGAGCUACGAUUUGUGCCUCCAACAUUGUCAGAUUUGAAUUCACCGCCCGUAUUCCCAAGGUGCCAGACACAUUUUCUUUCACGACCACUACUUCCAAGGAGUGGCACUCACAUGUCAUCCUCUCUUCGGUUGAGAAAUAUCCCGAUUUCAAUGUCAAUUGGUGGUUCCUUAAGCUGAGACGAAUGCUCAAGGCACUAAGUGGGUCUCAAAUUUCUCUGGUUUUGCGGUUGAAUGGCGGCCCUGAGAACGUGCCCUGUAGUGCUAUUGUCGGUGACGAGCCGCCUGUGGCUGUGCGGGCCUUGAAUUUUUAUUCUCGUAAAUUGCGCACCGCGUCUUGGUAUAUGGGGUUUACGAAUGCCUUGUUCCGUGUUUGUCGACCGAGUCACUUAUGUGGUUGUUGGUUCGUGGACAACUCGGGAAAAUACAGGCUCUCGGCUUUUCAGUUAAACAUCUUGCUUGCAGACAAGAAAGUGAGGACCGAGCCCUACUCUUGGAGGCACGAUUUGGAGCAAGUGUUUGUAGAAACUCUCGACGGGCAACAGUGGCAGCUCAUGCUGUGGACGAAACCUGAGAACUUGCAAAGACGAAAGCAAGACGGGAUUAUUCGCCUUAGAUUGAAAUGGAGUUGUUAG